CUCCCCCGGCUUUUUCCGGUGUUGCGAAAGCGGCGCCGAGAAGGUAAGUCAGCCCGCGUAAAGGGGGAAAGAGGCUCCUGGGUGGCUGUCUAGGAGCCAGGCCGGGUUUUUUGUGGGGGGAUAUGGGAUUUUUUUUGGAGGGCAUGCAAGCCGCGAGUGGCGUGGGCAGAAACCCCCUUCACCUGCCGCUGAUUCUGUGAGCACCGCCAGCAAUCCUCCUCCUCUCCAUUGUUAUAAGAAUUCUAAGGCCUCAAAUAUAGACUAAAUAUUCAUAAAUGCACACAUAUCUAUAUAUAUAAACCAUGUGUCUGAAAUAGUACGGGAGAGCAAUCCUGAGGCCAUCUUGACUCUCAAUGACCUCAAAUACUCAUCUGCAGUGAGGGAGGCAAAUAGGGAAAGCCUCCCCAUUGCCUUUUCGCUUGCAAAUCCUGUCUUAAGGGUGUAUUUGUGUAUGAAUAGGGUGAGCCUGUGACCUGGCUUCAGGAACUAAAGUAAUAACCAUCACGAAAGAAUGGCCAGGCUGCCCAGCUAAUGCAGUCGGCGACCAUUAUCAGGUAUCCUGGUAGGCAGGGUUUCUGCUGUAGACUGCCUCCUAUGAUAUAUGUAUGAUGAUUUUGGGGUGGUCUUUGGCUUAGGGGGUUGGGCAAUGUCAAAAGUCUUUAAAGGUUCCUGCACACUUUUGUUGAGGGUCUCUCCCCUCCUUGGAAGGAGGGGAGGGGACUCUGUUGCAACAGAAAAAUAAACAUCUGCCUUGUUUUCCACUGGAUUCUGCCUCCAUCCAUUCUUCUCUGGCCGAUCAUGGACUUAGGGGACUCAGAUUCCCAUGGGGAGUUGGGAAGCAAAAGCCAAACCCCAAUUUUUACAUCACCAUUAUCGAAAUCACACAAGUCAGUUUCCCCCUCUUUUUUCUGUGUCCCCUAACCAGCCAGCAGUUCACAUCUCUUCCCCUUUCCCGCACUCCAGGUUGCCCUGGCAUUAUUCACUUGCCUUUAGGAGCCUCUGGAAAAACAAAGGAGGAGCUUUCCACAACAACUUUGUCUCCGUGCCCUUUUUUAAAAUUAUGAAGCACUUGUUUAGCGAAUGGCUGUGGGGCAAGUCUUGCCAGGCCACCAGAAAAGUGUUCGUGGUGCUAGGUGUUUUCUUAGCACCAAGCUCUAAUGGAAAUGCUGGUGAUGCUUCAAAUGCGAGAUGAAAAACCGCUAGCCCCACAUCCAGGCUCCCUCCAGUUUUGGACAAACUGUGACACCCCACCCCCACCAAGAGUCUUUUAAUACAGUAGUUUCCAAUGACAAGACAGGAUCGGGCCCUAUGUAAUUUGAGCUGAGUACUUUGAGAGCGUUUCCUUCCCCUCCUAAUCAAAGCUGCAUUCUGCAUAUCAGAACUGAAGACAGAGCCCCCACAAAUCUCUGGUAGUCUUUGUAGCUCUUUUCAGAAAUGUAACGCUGUACUGUAGAAUCCUCAGACUGAUUUUAUGAUGAUACUUUUCAAAUGUGAGAGUAUGGUAGGCCUUCAAGCUAGGAGACACCUUGAUUUUGAGGGAAAUAAAAAGACUUUGUUUUUCUGUCUUCUCCAUACUUUGUGUCCUAUUAUGUCUUCUAACAUCCCGGCAGUGACUGUGGUUUUCGAAUAGAAUUUGAUAUACUUUAAUACUUAGUAAAUGAUAAAAAAAACCAACAAUUCUGUGGGUAAUUCCAACUGGUUAGGUUGAUACUAUUCUUUAAACCGCCCUGAAAGCCCUGGGUAUAGGAUGGUAUAUAAACUCAAUUAAUAAUAAUAAUAGUAGUAGCAGUAGUAGUAGUAGUAGUAGUAGUAAUAAAGGUAAAGGGACCCCUGACCAUUAGGUCCAGUCGUGAGCGACUCUGGGGUUGCGGCGCUCAUCUAGCUUUAUUGGCCGAGGGAGCCAGCGUACAGCUUCCAGGUCAUGUGGCCAGCAUGACCAAGCCGCCUCUGGCAAACCAGAGCAGCGCACAGAAACGCCGUUUACCUUGCCGCCGGAGUGGUACCUAUUUACAGUGGUGCCCCGCAAGACGAAUGCCUCGCAGAACGAAAAACCCGCUAGACGAAAGGGUUUUCCGUUUUUGCGUUGCUUCGUAAGACGAUUUCCCCUAUGGGCUUGCUUCGCAAGACGAAGGGCUUGAUCCGCGCCGCGUGCAAACCGCUUUCACCGCCAAUCUAUCUAUGCGGCAGCGGGGAAUCUAAUAGUAAUAGCAAUCAAUACAUUAUUAGCGUCCGGAAACACAGCCGGUGGUGAUGCUGCCCGCGCCGCUUCGAAAAGUUCCUAGGCUUCAGCCUUAGAACUGGGAGGGGACCUGGCGGCGACACCCGGCUCGGGGUGGGAUUUCCCCGUCUGCGCUCUUAGCGCACGCGGCGACCGCUAGAUCCCGAGGACGGCAGACUGGGCGGGGGGGCAUGAAAAGUUUUGCCUGCCCAUCUCCGAGGAAGCGGGGGGAGAUGAUCCCUGUCAAGGGAAGAAGGGGGCACCCAUUUGCCAGCAGCCGGUGCCCCCGAACCGAGGCUGGCACCAUCGCCUGUCAAAGUGACCGCAAAGGCGAGCUCCGGUCGUGCGGCCGAGGGAAGCCCCGCUGUGGGUCGUCCAAAGUCAGCCCGAGCACGCCAGUCACCUAAAAGGCAUGGAGAGACGGAGGGAGCGCGCGAGGAUCCCGGUGCAGAGGAGGCUCCUGCAGCAAAAUAAAGGCAGCCGGCAGCCGGAGGGCUCCAGAACACGGAGCUGCGGCGGGGCCGUCGAUGGCGUUGCCGGAGACUCCUCCCUCUGGGCCUCGCUCUCUCCGCUUUCGCCGCUGCUUGCCCUGCCUGCGAUCGGCCGGGCUCAUCGCUCCGCUCUGCAGAGCGCUGCACAAAGGCGCGGCGGGACAGGUGUCCGGGGACGCUUUGGCUGAGCGCGCCCCGGGAUCGGAGGUGCGGGGUGCUUGCUGCAGAUCUUAUCUUCUGGGGUCACUGGGAUGGCGGGGGUCGGGGCUUGUGUUAUGUAAGGGCGUCAGGAGGGGACUGCUUAAGAGGCCGGACGAGGCUUAUGCAAUGGCCAGAUGCUCCCUAGGGGUCAAGGCUUGCAGUUGCGGGAACGAGUUUAUACCUGUAGCUGCUAAGCCGCUAAUAGCCGUGCUUCGCAAGACGAAAAAAACCGCAAGACGAAGAGACUUGCGGAACGGAUUAAUUUCGUCUUGCGAGGCACCACUGUAUCUACUUUCACUUUGACGUGCUUUCGAACUGCUAGGUGGGCAGGAGCAGGGACCGAGCAACGGGAGCUCACCUCGUCACGGGGAUUCGAACCGCCGACCUUCUGAUCGGCAAGUCCUAGGCUAUGUGGCUUAACCCACAGCGCCAUCCGCGCCCCAGUAGUAGUAAUACAAACAACUAAUUUCACAGAGUUGUUGUGAGAAUAAAAAUUGGGUGGCGAGAGAACCACCUUGAGCUCUUCAAGGGACACGUGGGAUAUACGGUAAAUGUAAUACAUGGAAGUAAUUAAAUAAUACCAAAAUAUCAGUGACCAACUGUGGACCUGAUUUAUGCUUUCAGGCUGCUAAGAUGUCGAGCCAAAAGAAGUGUCCAGACUGUGGCUCCUUGGAAAUUGUAGAGGACUCUCAUUAUGCUCAGAACCAGCUGGUGUGCGCAGACUGUGGCUUCAUUCUAACUGAAGGGCUUCUCACAACCACAUAUGCUGAUGAAGAACAUUUACAAGGUGAGGCUAAGAAUAGCAAAAUAGCUCAAAACUCUUUGUAUCUUACAAAGACAUAGGAUUUGAGAUACGACUUGAAAGCAGUUCUCAAAUAUAGACAGGCCCUACACCAUUCAACAGUUUAAAAAUGGGUGCAUGUUUGAGAGCUUGGACCAAAGUUUGGCUGAUAUCUGUGUUUUUAUCUCAUAGAAGUCACAUAUUCACGGAGUACUGGUCAGAAUGAGCAAACGAGCCGUUGUGUACAGCGAGGUACGUAUUCUGCAUUACUCUGUUGAUGCUUUGUGGAAAUUAAUGUGCCUGUCAUCCACAAGAGCUGCAUUGUUUCACUUUCUAAAAGCAAAGAGAAAUUUGCAUUUUUAAAACAGUCUUACCUAUUUGCUGUGGGACCAACAUCAAAACAACCUAUUUUAGAGUUUUAGAGGUACAUAGAGUCCACAGUUCAGUUUGAUUGCCUGAUCAAAUCCCACCUGAAUCAUUGACAGACUGGUUAACCAUGGACCAGUCUGUUUCCAUUACCAUUAAAUGGCCAUUAUAAUUGUGUGUACAGCUGCAAAAAAUAAAAAUCAGUACAUAACUAAAAGCCAGAUUAAAAUCAAAUAUGAAGUUGAAACAGCAAUACUAACAGCCAUUCUCAAUUAGAGCCCCCAAAGACUUUCAUUUAAAAAAGUUCUCCAUAAUAUAAAAAAAAAGCCAAAGUAGGCUUGGUUUGGGCACUCCAGUUACACUACCACAAUUGAAAAUAGGUUAUCCAUGAUUGCCACCCAUCUAACCUCUGAAAGUGGGAGCAUGUGAAACAGAGCCUCCACAGAUUAUCUUAGUAUAUGGGCAGCUUCAUACAGGCAGAGACCUACCCUGCGGUUAGAUUUGUCACUGAUAAAUGUGUAUGUGGAAACAUUUCUUAAGUACUGCUGUGGUAUUUCCCCCCACAGGAGUCAAACGUGUUCGGGAUCUCUGCAAAGUUCUGCGGCUUCCUUCUCUGUUUGAAGAUACAGCUGUGUCCUAUUACCAGCAGGCAAUCAAACGUCCCUGCUUCAGUUUAGUCAGCUUGGAGAAGAAGGAGAUGCUUGUGGGCUGUUGCGUCUUUGUGACCUGCCGCCAGCACAACUGGCCCCUGACCAUGGGCACAGUCUGCCUGCUACUCUAUGGAGACAAGGAGUUGUUUGCAAAGACCUAUCUACGCUUCCUGAAGGAACUGGCACUGGAUGUGCCUACUCUCAGCUUGAUGGAUAUGGUGAAAAGCCACCUCAACAGGUAUGUUGCAGUUCUUGUGCCCUUUCCUUGACAAUACUUCUCAAAGUUGGUGUGUAGUUUCCAUCAUUCAUAGACUGAAUUUACAAGUAUCAUACGGACUGUGUGGUAUAUUGAUUGGAAGGCUGAUGAAACAGCAAGCUUCUUAAAGUUCAGCAGGGAUGGGUGUGGUCAGUGCUUGGAUGUAGGAACCCUGUGUGUGCUGUGUGCUUCCAUCAUGGAAGAAAUGGAUAUUUUCAUACAGUGGUGCCCCGCAAGACGAAUGCCUCGCAAGACGGAAAAACCGCUAGACGAAAGGGUUUUCCGUUUUGAAGUUGCUUCGCAGGACGAAUUCCCCUAUGGGCUUGCUUCGCAAGACGAAAAUUCCUUACGAGUCCUGAGAUUUUUUUCGCUUUUCCCCCUUUAUCUAAUCUGCUAAGCCUUUAAUAGCCUUUAAUAGCCUUUUAGCAGCUAAUCCCCUAAGCCUUUAAGCCUUUAAUAGCCGCUAAACAGCUGAUAGCGCUAAUAGCGCUAAUCCGUCAAUGGGCUUGCUUCGCAAGACGAAAAAACCGCUAGACGAAGACUCUUGCGGAACGGAUUAAUUUCGUCUUGCGAGGCACCACUGUAUGUGCAUGUAUACUCCAACUCCCUGAUUUCUGAGAUUUCAUCUGAGGCACUUCAGGCAGGUCCAGGCUUUUCUCUUUAGCCACAGGGGCAGCAAACUUCCUUUUCUUAACAAAUAAUUCUCAGAAUUGUGAAUUCUGCUCCUGCUACCAAUCCCGUAAUUGCUUGGAAAUCCUUUCUAUUAUUAUUAAGGGCAAGAAGCCAACAAACAGAAUUUUGUUGAGCACAAGUUAGGAAGAGUGUAAAUUCAGCUCUGUCCAUAUAGUGCUGGUUAAUGGAAGAUGCUUGCCUUUUUGAUUCAAGCUGCUCAGCUUGCCUUUUUGGUGUCCUUGGAAAAUGCAGGGCCUUCUGCCCUUUGCCCUUUCACAGAAUGCUUCUUUUUGCUCAUGUCCCUCUUUCACCUAUUUGUCUUCUCCAUCCUGCCACAUCUCUCAAUCCAAUGGCUUGUUUGAUUUUCAUCUUUCCAGCUUCAAGAUUUUCCAGAAUUCACCCAGCGUCCCGACUAAGUUUGUGGAAGAAAAGGAGCAGCUGGUGGCAAGGACUAUCCAGAUGGUGGAACUUGCCAGCGACACGUGGCUGGUGACCGGCCGGCACCCCAUCCCCAUAGUGACAGCAGCAGCCUUCCUGGCUUGGCAGUCUCUCCGGCCUGUCAAUCGCCUCACUUGCACCCUUUCUCAGUUCUGUAAGCUUGCUGGUAUGGAGGCUCCCCGGCCAGCCCACCAGAGACUGAAGGAGCUGCAUAACAUCCUCCUGCAAAUGGCUUCUCAGCUGAGCUGGUUGCGAGUGCUGAAAGUGGACCGUCGGAGCGUGGCAAAGUACAUUGGUGACCUGCUGCGGCACCGCCGUGUGCUUCUACAGGCUGCCUUCCGCAUCGUGGAUACUACGGAAGACCGUGACCUAGAAGACUCAGCAGCUGCGCCACUGCAGCUAAUCGAUGAGAGCGCUGCAACAGUAGAAGAGGCCUCCCUUUCAGGAGAGAAGCAGAAGUUCAGCAAGCGGAAACCUUUGCUCCCACCCUGUGUCUUGAACCCCGCAAAGAGGCUACGAACUCCUGAGCUAAGCCUUGAAGAUUCUGCUAUCGCUGGGGAUGAGCCCAUUUUAGACAGUGAGAUAGAGCAGUAUAUCCGGACUCCAGAAGAAAAGGAGAUGUUUAGCAAGGCUCAAGCGUGCCUGUGA